AGGCAAUGUGACGUCUUUUUAUUCCCAAAUACAUUUAUAAACUAGAACUUAUUACAUAAUGCGUGCAUUUUUCUUCGUAGCUCAAUUAUACAUUUAUAUAAAAAAUGAGCUUAUUUGCUGCCGCUGCUCGAUCUUCACAUUUAGUCGAGUUUAAUGCUGGGAAAUGUAUCAUUGAAGGUAGACUAAUUAAGCCAGAUACCAGAAAAGGUAUGAUUUACAUGGAGCAGGGUGAAGAUCAACUAUUACAUUUUUAUUGGAAAGAACGUCAGAAUGAAUCAGUUCCCGAAGACGACUGGAUUAUAUUUCCUGACGAAGCAGAAUUUACAAAAGUUACGCAAUGCACAACAGGUCGUGUUUAUCUUUUACGGUUCAAAAUCUCGAAUGAACGUCAUUUUUAUUGGAUGCAAAAUAAAUCAGAUGAAAAAGAUGAUGAAUUAGUUGAGCGUGUCAAUAACCUAAUUCGUGAUCCUGAAACCAACAUGUCUCCAGAACCCGAGGAUUCAGCUUCUCAUGCUGACUUUAUGCGAAUUUUAAAUAAUGUUCGUAGUCAAGGUAUGAUUGUAACUCAUUCAAAAAAAAAAAAAAAGAUUAGUUUUACUUAUUUUAUUUGUUUAGAUCCUAGCCUCACUCCGGAAAAUAUUUUACAUUUUCUACGCAAUAUGAAUAGGUAA